UUUUCAUCUUUCUUUAGGAAAACACAUUAAUCCAAUACAUUUGCACCAAUCGUACUCUACUCAUCAUUUUAAACCCACUCACUUCAUCUUCGCCAUCCGACCACAGCAAAACCCCAUUACCUCCUCUGCUUUCAAAACAUAUGUAGAUUGAUUUUUCGAGGUGACGAUUCAAUAAGGUUAUAUUCUAUACCAAUAAAAUCAUGUCGCCGCCCUCGGCCUCGGCAGACGCCACAAUCUACAACCUCUGCCUCCUCACACUAUACCUCAUAGCCCUCCCAACAUUCCUCGCACUCCACUUCAUCCAAGCCCCAUACGGCCGUCACCGCCGCUCAGGGUGGGGCCCCACAAUCCCUUCAUGGCUCUCAUGGCUUCUCAUGGAAAGUCCCACCAUUUUUUUCUCUCUCCUAAUCUACCCUUUCGGCCAAUUCGCUUCUUCCCUCCGAUCGUUCUCUCUCCUCGCCGUCUUCCUCCUCCACUACUUCCACCGCACCGUCGUUUAUCCUCUUCGUCUUCGCCGGAAAACCACCAGCGAUUUUCCGAUCUCUGUUUCUUUAAUGGCUUUCUCGUUUAAUCUGCUGAAUUCGUAUGUUCAAACGAGGUGGAUCUCGAAUUACUGUGAUUAUGGUUUGGAUGAGUGGUUUUGGGGGCGGUUUUCCGGUGGAAUGGUGGUUUUUGGUUUUGGUAUGGUGUUAAAUGUGAAAUCGGAUUUGGUUUUGGUGGGCUUGAAGGCCCAAGGUGGUGGAUAUAAGAUUCCAAGAGGUGGGCUUUUUGAGUUGGUGAGUAGCCCAAAUUAUUUGGGGGAGAUUAUUGAGUGGUUGGGCUGGGCUAUUAUGACUUGGUCUUGGGCUGGAUUCGGGUUUUUCUUGUAUACAUUUUGUAAUUUGGUGCCAAGGGCAAUGGCUAAUCAUAAGUGGUAUUUGGAGAAGUUUAAGGAUGAAUAUCCAAAGACUAGGAAAGCUAUAAUUCCCUUUAUGUACUAAAAAAAUAAGUACAUUACAUACUACCCCCGUUGUAUAUUAUAUGCAACGAUUAUACAUGUUCUAUUUGAAACGGAGGUAGUAUAUUAAUUGCAAAUGAUUCUUGUAUUAGUGCUAGAAUUUGAGAUGUAAGCGUGAAUUGUAUGGGUGAAAUAAAUGUCCUGGUAUUAGUAUUUUGUUAAUCAGUUGGAAUCUUAAGAUCAAGGUGUAAGAGCUAAUAAGCAUGGGAAUUAAUCCUAUUUUUUAGGUCGAAAACGUACUUCGUGAUAAAAUAAUCAUGGGAAUUAA